UUUGUGAACGUGGUUGAUGAUAAAAAAUCGAAGAGUCUAGUACACGCAAUUGCAAUUUAAUAUUCUUCAUUCAUCAAUAUGGCGGACGACGGUUUACUCGUUACUAUUUCGGGCGCUGCUCUUUCUUUAUUACUUUACGAAAAUGUACGCAACGUCGGAGAUCAGAUGGGCUUUUUACUCGGUGAAAUAGUCGAAUACAUUGUUAAAAAGGUCACGGAUUCUGACAAUCAAGUGGAUACAGUUAAAAGACGUAUAAAUAUCGAAACUGUUGUGACAUGCUCUAUGCCAGAUAUUUUACAUGAUUCAACCGGUAGAAUUGAUAAAGAGAAGUUGAAAGAUUUCUUAUCUCAUAAAAGCAAACAAGUUAUCGGAUGGUUUAGAUUUAGGCACAACUUAUGCUUGGUACCUACUUUAAGGGAUAAACUUUUGCACAAACAAUUUGCUUCAUACUUCUCUAGUAGUCAUGGUUAUAAAGAGGAUUUCUUCGUCACCUGUUUAUUGUCCUCUUCCGUAUCAAAUGCAAGCGGAACUCAUAAAUUUAGACACGUUCUCUUGAGACGUAGAAGAGGGACAUUUGAGCCAAUAUCCUUGAAGAUAAGUAGUUUAGGGGAUGGUAAAUCUCCACUCGAUGGUUCUGAUUAUAAACUUACACCGACGAAAAAAUCCGUAAAAGAGAUUGAUACAUUUACUAAAAUAAUACAAUCGCUCAAAUUAAAUCUUACACAAAUAUCUAGCGUUGAAUCCGCAACUCUUAUAGAAAAAGAAGCUGAAAAAUACUUAAAUACGUUAAUAUCGAAAGUUUGUGAAUCUGAUCGUGAAGUUUAUGAAUUGGAAAAGCAAAUAACAGAACUGAGAACUAAAAUACGUCUGCAGAACUUAGCUAAGACAAAAGUUACUUGUAAUUCAGAUACGACCGAGUUGAAUCAUGAAAUUGAUAAAAACAGUGGUUACGAAGAAAACAAAUUAUUGACAGAAAAAGUAGAUGUUCCUGAUAAAAUCUAUGAAGAGGAUCAGCUAAACAAGUACCAUUCUUUAACAGAUGAAUCAAGUGACAACCGACCAAGUAGUACAAGAACUGUUCUUGCAGAAAGUAUGUCCAAGGAAAAGCUGAAAAUAGGAUUAAAUGCAGAUGUAGAGAACAGUAAAACUCGUGAUAAAUUUACUACGAACAUAGUUUCAGAUGUUAAAUUAGAUAUGGUUGGAAGAAAAAACAAAUGCUCAACCAAUAUGUUUUCUGAGAUCUCAAGACAACCGAUAAAUAUGGGUGAACAGAUUGAAAGUGGUGUCGGUAGAGGUAGUCCAAAUUAUGGAAGAAUUAAACGGGGGUCAGCAUUGAGAUAUAACAGUGAAAGAAAAAUAGUAGAAUCCUUUGAAAAGUCUUCGAUAAAAAAUACUGUUGAAAACCAGCAUUCUCCUAUUUACGAGGAAACUUUGAAAAGAAAUAUAGAUGUACGCAAUUUUUCAGAUACGUCAGAUAUUCAUUGAACUAAAUAUAGUAUUAUGGAAUUUAACCAUUCUAGGGAUUGGAUAAUCCUUAGCUUUCUCUUUGAAAGCUCUCUAUGAAAAUACUUAAAGUUGUUCCAAAGCGUUUUACGCAAAUAAAUUAUGACCAUAUUCUUAGAACUACUUUAUGCUCUACAAGAUGCGUUGUAAAUAUUUCUUACGCUAAAAUAUAACAAUUUUGAAACUUGAAUAAAAUAAAAUAUAUUUAUGGCUUACUUAUUGAUCGGAUAGUGAUAUUUCAAUUUUGUUAGAAAAUGUUAUAAAUGUUCAUAACAUUUAUUUUUUUUAAAGAAUUAUAAAUAUCUCUUUUUUUUAUUAUUUCCAAUGGACCUACAUAUUGUUAAAUGUUUUCAAUAUGUAAUUAAUUUCCCUGUUACGUUACGUUGAGUAAUAAUGUGUAAGGAAUCGUAAACUGAAGCUGUGUUUUUAUGACCCUUAUUAUGCUUAAGUAAAACUUGGGAAGAAUAUUGAAAGGUUUUUAUACUAAUACUUUCCUGUGUGUAUAACAUAUUACUUUAAAUUAAUAAAGGUAUAAAAUAAAUAU